AUGUCGGCGCUCACCGAAAUCACAUCCGAGGCGGACUUCUCGUCGCACCUUUCCUCCAUCUCUCCUUCUGCAUUGGUUGUGCUUUACUUCCAUACCCCAUGGGCUGCUCCUUGCGCUCAAAUGGGCGCUGUGCUUGCGGCCCUCGCUUCACAGUACCCCGCCACUGCCCCGCCAACCAUCUCGUUUGUCAGCAUCAACGCCGAAGAGCUGCCCGAUAUCUCCGAGGAAUAUGAUGUCUCUGCCGUGCCCUUCGUCGUGUGUCUACGCAGUGGUCAAAUCUUGGAGUCGAUCAGUGGAAGUGACGCAAUCAAAGUGCGCGAUGCGGUCGAGCGUCACGCGGGUCGUGGAAACAUCGCGGGCGGUGAUGCGAUGGACGGCGUGAGAGCUAAUAUUCCCCCACCACUAUCUGCUGUGCCUCGCGAGGAUGGUCCGAUCACUGCUACUCAUGCUCCCGUAACUGCUUCUCACGCCCCUCCCCCCGACGCAGCUAACGCGACCGCCGUCGCAUCUGUUCCCGCCCUGACCCCCGAACAAUCUCGUGAGGCCUUGUUUGCUCGUCUGGAACAACUGGUCAAGGCAGCAAAUGUCAUGCUGUUCAUGAAAGGAACGCCCAGCAGCCCGCAAUGUGGAUUCAGUCGGCAGCUGGUUGGUAUCCUCCGCGAGCGUAGUGUCAAGUACGGCUUCUUCAAUAUUUUGGCCGAUGAGGAUGUACGUCAGGGCUUGAAGGAGUAUGCUGAAUGGCCUACUUUCCCUCAAUUAUGGGUAAAUGGGGAGUUAGUUGGUGGUUUGGACAUUGUCCGUGAAGAAAUUAACAACGACCCCGAGUUUCUUAAUGAGUUCUCAGUCAACAAGCCUACCGCAGCCAAUUGA